AUGACAAAUGCCCCCCAAUCCUCUUAUGAAUUAAAAGAUAUUCGAAAAACUUCAAAUUCUAUUCAUGGAAACCUUGUUCUAUCAAAACAUCACAAAGAUACACUGCCAAACUAUGGACCUGCUCUCGAAAAUCUUACGUUUACCGUAGAAUAUCAAACACCUCACCGACUUCACAUAUGCAUAUCCGAUGCCGAGGGGUUACGUUGGCGAGUUCCCGAGUCGGUCGUGGCAGUAGAUAGAAGUUUAACGGAAAUUGAGAACUGUAACUACAGUCUUAACUAUAAUGCUAGCCCUUUUGGGUUUUCUGUUUCACGAAAGAAUGAAAGUGGAUCUAUUUUCGAUACGAUUGGCAAGAAUCUGAUUUUCAAAGAUCAAUAUAUCGAAUUGUCGACUUCGUUGCCUUUAGACGCUAAUAUAUAUGGAUUAGGUGAAGUAGUUUCAUCGUUUAAGCGAGGUACCGGAAGAUUCACUAUAUUUACAAGAGAUGCUGCUUGUCCAGAAAAUGAAAAUUUAUAUGGUGCACAUCCGUUUUACAUCGAAUUACGAGAUGGGAAAGCGCAUGGUGUCUUAUUAUUGAAUUCGAAUGGCAUGGAUGUCAUCUACGAUAAUGGUAUCAUUACGUAUAAAGUUAUCGGCGGUAUAUUAGACUUUUACGUAUUCCUUGGUCCUACUCCUCAAGAGGUUGUUGAACAAUAUGCUGGGUUAAUUGGACGACCAUGCUUUAUUCCUUACUGGUCACUUGGCUUUCAUCAAUGUCGAUGGGGAUACACUAAUAUCGAAAAAAUUGAUGAGAUAGUUAGUCAAUAUGAAAAAGCAAAAAUUCCGAUGGAGGUCGUUUGGAUAGAUCUCGACUACAUGGAUGCCUAUAAAGUGUUCACCUUCCAUCCAGAACAUUUUCCACCAGAGAAAUUUGCACCAUACUUAGAGAAAUUGCACGAAUGCCAUCGAAAGUUAGUAGUUAUAGUGGAUCCAGGUAUCAAAGUAGAGGAUGGAUAUGCCGUUUACGAUGAAGGCUUGAAAAGAGAUGUGUUCAUUAAAAGAGCGGAUGGAAACAAUUUUGUUGGACGCGUUUGGCCCGGGGAAACUGUUUUUCCGGAUUGGUUUCAUCCUGAAACACAACAGUACUGGACUGAAAUAAUGGCCAAGUGGCUGGGGCAAGUACCGAUUGAUGGAAUCUGGAUUGAUAUGAAUGAGUUGGCGAAUUUCGUAAAUGGUGAUAUUUCACAUGAAACAAAUCAUAAGCACAUUAAUGUUAGUGUUAGUUUGGUUCAACACGUCAAGCAAACGAUUGCUACUAUUGUGCAACGCGUGUUGGGUUUCUCUUCAACAUUCAUUCCGCAUUCUAUCAAUAAUCCACCAUAUGCUAUUAAUAACUUCGGCAACGAAAGUCCUCUGUUCACACGUACUUCUCCAAUGGAUGGUUUUCAUAAGAAUGGUGUACUUGAAUACGACGCUCACAACUUGUUCGGUCACAUGGAAGGAAUUGCUACAUAUAAUGCCUUGCGAACUAUUCGCCCUGAUAAACGACCAUUUGUACUCUCUCGAUCGACAUUUCCGGGUAGCGGAAAAUUUGUCGCUCAUUGGUUAGGAGAUAAUGAAUCGUCGUGGCGAAGUUUAGAGCAAUCAAUUCCUGGGAUACUCUCUUUUCAACUUUUUGCCAUUCCGUUGGUAGGAGCUGAUAUUUGUGGAUUCAAUGGUGUCUGUGCUGAAGAAUUAGCCAUUCGUUGGGCGCAAUUGGGAAGCUUUUAUCCAUUUUGCCGCAAUCAUAAUUCGAUCAACAUGCCAGGCCAGGAAUUUUAUCUAGUUGAAAAAGUAAAGCAGGCAGCAAAAUUCGCGUUGGAGAUUCGAUAUCGAUUGUUGCCAUAUUGGUACACGGGUUUCUAUCGAGCUUAUAAUAAUGGAAGUCCUGUGAUUAGUCCCCUCUGGUUUUUGGAACCGGAGGGAAAAGAUACAUGGGAUAUCGAUAAACAGUUUUUAGUUGGAAAAGGUUUAUUAGUAACUCCUGUUACUCGAGAAGGGGCGCUAAAGGUUACCGGUUAUUUCCCUCCUGGAAUAUGGUACGACUUUUUCACAGGCGUUAAACAAUUAGAUAUUGUACAAGGCGUAUGGAAGGAAUUAGAAGCACCGUUAGAAGUAAUACCUGUUCAUGUUUAUGGCGGUUCUAUAGUGCCAAUGCACGUUCGAGCAGGAUUAACUACACAUGCAAGUCGUGAAACCGGUAUUCAGUUGUUAAUCGCAUUAGACCGAUUCGGAUCCGCGUCUGGUGAAUUAUAUUUAGAUGAUGGUGAAACACCGCCAGAAAAUCUCGUCGAAAAUUAUUCACUUCUCACCCUAACGGUCCGUGAUAGUGUAUUGAAGGUCGAGGGUAUCUUUCGAUACGACGGGCCUGGGUCAUUUAUAGAUGAAAUUUUGAUAUAUGGGAUUGCACGUGAGGUUAAGGAAAUUGCGUUCAAAAAUACGUAUACAAAGGUUAUUGAACGGAGUAAAAUAGAUUGGAGUGGGGAAACUGGAAGAUUAUUUAUUCGAGGAUUGGGGAUCUCAUUGGAUGGUGGGUUCUCUAUCUCAUGGUAA